AUAUUAUUUAUAGUUUACGAGAUAUUUAGCCUAUGAUUUAUUUAAGAUCCAAUAUCCAAAUUUGGUUAUUGCCUCAUAUCAUGGAUACAAUGCUUUAUAUCUUGACUAAAUAUGUUUCCGACCUCGUUUCAUACCCAUAUAAUUAGAGUAAGCUGCAUGUAUUGGGUUGUAAUAUUCGUCCCGUUUUUCAAGUUAUUUUAAUAACGAAUAUAUAUUACAACCCAAUAUAUUUAUCCAGUAACUGAACAUCUUGAUUAAAACAAAAUGGGAUUAAAAUAAUUUUGUAAUAAUUUAAUUAAUGUUAUAUCUUAAUUGUCUUGUUUCACUGAAGAAACCGUUUUACUUUAAACAGGAGAACGUGUACUGAUCUCUCUCAUCUCUUCUCACGAUGACAACACGAUUCUUACCACGGGAAUAGAACUGAGGUGGAUUAUCGCUUUGUGCUAUCACUCGCCGUUAGUUUGAGCUUGCUUAUAUAUUAACAGUUUUGUUUAUCGCGACGAGAUCGGCUGAGAGUUAGUCAGAUUCAACGUUUCACACGAGCGGACGACAACGUAUCGUGCAUUGCGAAUAAAAUGUUGCACGACAAGGACUUUCAGAGAUGGCUCAAAGAGGUGAUGUCGAAGAUCUUGGAGAAUCUCGGACUGAACGACAGUGAUGCCAGAUACGAGCUGCCCAAUCUCAAGGACAACAUAAUGUCCACUACGUAUAACAUGUGCGUGAGAUACGAGGACAAAGCGAAAGGCGAAAGUGUGAAGCUAUCAAUGAUAUUGAAGAAACCGCCGCAUUCUGACUAUAUAAGAAGAGAGACAAACAGUGACCGCCAGUUCAACAAUGAGAUCUUGUUCUACCGGAUGUACGCUCAGCCGGAAGAGAACUUCCCAAAGUGCUUCUACGCGGAUCAUGCGAGGAAUUCAGUGAUCGCCCUGGAGAAUAUGAACGCGAAAGGCUUCUAUCUCUGUGCCUACACGCACGAUGUUCCUCUGGAGUACACAUUAGCAGCGAUGCGCGAGCUGGGACGAUUCCACGGCAAGGGCUACGAGAUGAAGGAACUGCAGCGGGAGAAAUUUUUCAAGAUCGUGAACCAGCUUCAGGAAGUCAGGUACUACAAAACGGGAGAGAACAUAUUCAGGCAUUUCUGCAACGUCCUGGCGACCCACGGACUCGAGUACCUUCGCAGACAUGGCUACGACGCUAACUUCUGCGACAGGAUGGAAGUUCUACUCACGGACGCGUUCACUAACGUGAUGCUGAAGUCGAUGCAACCGCUGGAGCCUCUGUCCACCUUGUGCCACGGUGACUGUACGCUGUACAACAUGCUCUUCAGGGCGGAGGGCGAUGGACAACACCGCGCGAUGCUGAUCGACUUUGCAUUUGUCACUUACGCGACACCCGUGGUCGAUCUCUCGACGUAUCUCUGUAUCUGUUGCUCGAACGACAUAAGAAAGGACAAGUUCUCCGAGAUCAUGCAAGCGUAUCAUGAUGCGCUAAAGAAGUACCUACAAGACGCUGGCGUUUGGAAUGAUGAGAAGUACUCGUAUGACGUCUUCUUGGAUAAUUACAAAUGGGGUGCUCUUUUUGGUUUCGUCCUCGCGUCCUUUCAGCUGAUAUUUUUAAAGGGUUAUAGCACGCUAGAUGUAGAAAGUCUAAGUAUCUUGGGGCCAUCAGAGUACGGGAAAUUGUGCAAACAAUCUAUCGAUGAUAAAUUUUCCAAGAUACUGGCGGACAUGUUGUUGCAGUUGAAAGAUUUGGGUUGUUUGAUAAAUUUGUUAUAAUUGCGUAAUAUUAUUUCAAUGAGUGAUAGAUCUAUAUAUCGCCUGGUGAUCAUGGAAUAUGCGGGAAAAAUUAUUUUGUCAUUUAAGGAUCUAUAAUUCAAUCCAUAAUAUAAUGUAAUGAAAAACUUCUUUCUUGUAUAAAUGUUAUAAAUAAAAUAGCGUAAAUAUAUAUAUAUAUAUAUCGUUUAUUCUUAAUUUGAAAAUAUUCGUGUAUUUUGUUUUCUUCACUGCUUGUUUAUUAAUAAAUCUGUUUUAAUUUUAAUUAAUUUUUAAACAUAAUUAAUUUCACAAGUCAAAACCACUAAUGUAAUGAACAGCUUUUGAGAGUUGAAAUAAAGCUAUUGUUACGAAAA